CGGGGCUCCAGAGCAGGGGGUCGGGGUGCUGCCAGUGCCUUUGACCUCACCUUGCUUGUGCUUUUUGCAGUGGGUACUGGUGGGGUGCAGCUCUGUAUGUUCCCGAGUCUCUCCCGUGCGGGAGAUUCUCUGUCCCUCCCACCCUUCAUUUCUGUCACCCUCCAGGCUGCAUCUGAAACGGGGGCUGUGGAGUUUGUCUUUCCCAGACACCCUGUAGCUCUUCUCACUUGCCCUGAGUGUGCCAGUCCCCCUCUAGCCCCCCUGAAAUCAGCCAGCAGUGGCUGGCAGGCUCGGCUCCUUAGCAGGACACAGGCAGGGGCCAGGGAGCCUGUCUGCAGGGAGGUGGCCCUGGGACCAUGGUGGGGCACAGCAUCCGGUAGCACUGGGCCAGUGGUGUGUGCCGAGCCCGGCGGUGGUGUCAGAGCACGCUUGGCUGAGGUGUGACAGUGGCAGGAAGUCACAUUAGCUGAGGGGACACACACGGGACGUGCUUCCACCCACCCACUUACCACCUCUGCUGUCGCAGCAUGGCAACGAUGGCUGGCUGCAGAGGUGAGUCCCGUGGGGCACCCACUGCCCCAAAGGGCAGACAGGGACAGAGCAAGGAUGGUGGCAGUGCUGGGGAGAGGGAGGUUGUGCCAUGCUGGGGCAGAACAGCCCUCUGAGACGCUCAUCAUCCUUUCCUCUCUGGCGGCACUGUCCCAGGGGACACGGUGAAGACGUGUCCCAUCUGCCCGACACUGCGGGCAGUGACCCAGCUGCUGCGACUCAAGCUGAUUCCCCCCGUGGGGGUCCCAGCACCCGCUGGCUGCCCCUCAGGCAGCAGGGAGAGGGCUCCUGAGCAAGGUCCAGUGGUGGGCAGGUUUUCGGCUGAACGAGCGCUGUGUCGGUGGUGUCCUGCUCACAGCAACCCGGCGAGCAGAGCGUGGAGGAGGCUGGGGGGGCCGACAUGGCCAGUGUCAUCCUGGAGAGCAUCUUCUUGAAGCGCUCGCAGCAGAAGAAGAAAACGUCUCCCCUCAACUUCAAGAAGCGCCUGUUCCUGUUGACGGAGAGCAAGCUGUCCUACUACGAGUACGACUUUGAGCGGGGGCGCCGGGGCAGUAAGAAGGGCUCAGUGGACAUUGAGAAGAUCACCUGUGUGGAGACAGUGGUGCCCGAAAACAACCCUCCCCCUGAGCGGCAGGUCCCGAGGAAAGGAGAGGAUUACAACAUGGAGCAAAUUUCCAUUAUCGAACGGUUCCCCUACCCCUUCCAGGUGGUAUAUGACGAAGGGCCCCUCUACGUCUUCUCCCCAACGGAGGAGUUGCGCAAACGCUGGAUCCAUCAGCUGAAGAGUGUGAUCCGGUACAACAGUGACCUGGUACAGAAGUAUCACCCCUGUUUCUGGAUCGACGGCCAGUACCUGUGCUGCUCCCAGACAGCCAAGAACGCCAUGGGCUGCCAGAUCCUGGAGAGCAGGAAUGGCAGUUUAAAAGUUGGGCGGUCACAUCGCAAAACGAAGAAGCCUCUUCCCCCUACUCCUGAGGAGGACCAGAUGGUGAUGAAGCCCCUGCCUCCUGAGCCAGCCCCCAGCGCAGCAGGUGAGAUGAAGAAGGUGGUGGCCCUCUACAACUACCUGCCGAUGAACGCGCAGGACCUGCAACUGCAGAAGGGCGAGGAGUACUUCAUCCUGGAGGAAAGCCACCUGCCCUGGUGGAAAGCCCGUGACAAGAACGGGAGGGAAGGAUACAUCCCCAGCAACUAUGUCACUGAAACCAGAAAUUCCCUGGAGAUCUUUGAGUGGUACUCAAAGAAUAUCACUCGGAGCCAAGCGGAACAACUGCUGAAACAGGAGGGUAAGGAAGGGGGCUUCAUAGUCCGAGACUCCACCAGCAAGACAGGGAAAUACACUGUCUCCGUCUAUGCCAAGUCCUCCGUAGACCCCCAAGGCAUGAUCCGCCAUUACGUUGUAUGCUGCACCCCCCAGAAUCAGUAUUACCUGGCAGAAAAGCACUUGUUCAACACCAUCCCGGAGCUCAUCACGUACCAUCAGCACAACUCUGCCGGGCUCAUAUCCAGACUGAAGUACCCCGUGUCUCAACACCAGAAAAGUGCUCCUUCCACAGCUGGCCUCGGUUAUGGGUCGUGGGAGAUUGACCCAAAGGAUCUGACCUUCCUGAAGGAACUGGGGACAGGGCAAUUUGGCGUGGUGAAGUACGGGAAAUGGAGAGGCCAGUACAACGUUGCUAUCAAGAUGAUCAGGGAGGGCUCCAUGUCAGAGGAUGAGUUUAUCAAUGAAGCCAAAGUCAUGAUGAACCUGUCUCAUGAGAAGCUGGUGCAGCUCUACGGGGUCUGCACCAAGCAGCGUCCCAUCUUCAUCAUCACCGAGUACAUGGCCAACGGCUGUCUCCUGAACUUCCUGAGAGAAACUCGGCGGCGGUUCCAGCCUGCCGAGCUGCUGGAGAUGUGCAAGGAUGUCUGUGAAGCUAUGGAGUACCUGGAAUCCAAGCAGUUCCUGCACCGAGACCUGGCCGCUCGCAACUGUUUGGUGAACGACCAAGGAAUUGUGAAAGUAUCAGAUUUUGGCCUUUCAAGGUACGUUCUAGAUGAUGAGUAUACAAGCUCUAUGGGGUCAAAGUUUCCAGUGCGGUGGUCCCCGCCUGAAGUGCUUCUGUACAGCAAGUUCAGCAGCAAGUCUGACGUCUGGGCUUUUGGCGUUCUGAUGUGGGAAGUUUACUCUCUGGGAAAGAUGCCUUACGAGAGGUUUAAUAACAGCGAGACAACAGAGCACAUCAUCCAAGGCCUGCGCCUGUACCGGCCGCAGCAGGCCUCAGAGCGGGUCUACGCCAUCAUGUACAGCUGCUGGCAUGAGAAGGCCGAGGAGCGCCCCACCUUCACCACGCUGCUGGGCAGCAUCCUGGACAUCACGGACGAGGAGCCCUGACCAGCUGCCCCCUGCCCGGUGCUGGUACUGGGGGGCUGGUGCUGCCUCCCCGCCCGCUGGGACCAGACACGCCAGACGGUACCUCUGCUCCGCUGUCACGGACUCGCCACUGGCCGCCCCUUGGGCGAGCAGGGGCCUGAGGGGCCGCCACCGGCAGGACCCCUUCCAGCCGAGGACUGAGGCGAGGCCCUUGGCGGCCAGCCCCGGUGCCAACCAGCCCCGGUGCCAACCAGCCCCGCUCAGGCCGCGCGGGCGGCGGCUGGCCGGUCCUUCGCGCAAUAAACGGUUCCGAACGCC